UUUUCUGAGACAGUCCUGUACAGGGAGUGUAGUACAUUUGAUGUAAAGUAUUGAACUGAAUGACUGCUGGGGUUUUUUUAUUGUUGCUCUUCAGGCGUGAAAGGAAGCGCGAAUAAACUGCACGAGAAAAACCGCAAGUUCCGCUGACAGGUUUUCUCUUGAAUCAGUCCGAGUCUGAACAUCCGGACCUCUGCAGCUCCACCAGCAGCACAUCACCGGGUAAAAACAUCUGUCUAAACAUCUGUCCAAACAGCUGUGUGUGAUGGAGAAGCAGGCCGGGGCCGCGGACGGAGCCGGGCCGGGCCGGAAGCCCCUCAGCCCGGGGAGCAGCGCAGCAUCCCCCGCUGAGAACCCCGACAGUCCCGCAGGUUCUCAUGUGGAAUGGUGCAAACAGCUGAUCGCAGCCACGCUCUCCAGCCAGAUCUCACGACCCGCCCCAGCCGACGCAUUGGGCCGAGACAACAAGUCGGACUCGGCGGAUGAGGGCCUUUGUUACCUUGGAGAAAGUGAUUCUGAGCAUCCUUCCAGUGCUUUGAAACUUCCACCUCUCGGUUAUGGAGCUCAGGUCCGAGUGCUGCCCAACCAGGUGCCUCUUCUGCCGGGAGAGACCACGCAGAUUACAGUCAAGGAUGUGAUGUACAUCUGUCCAUUCAGCGGUCUGAUUAACGGCACUCUGACCAUCACAGACUACAAGCUGUACUUCAUCAGCCAGGACAAGGAGGCUCCUUUCACCCUGGAAGUGACCCUGGGAGUCAUCAGCAGACUGGAGGCCAUCACUGUUCCCCUCCAGGGAGAGAACACCAAAGGCCUGGAGCUGGUCUGCAAGGACAUGAGGAGUCCCCGGUUCGCCUACACCGCGUCAGAGAGUCAGCCGGAUGUGGCGAACGUUCUGGCCAAACACGCCUUCCCUCUCUCCCGGGACCUGCCUCUGUUUGCCUUCCUGUACAAGGACCAGUAUCCUGUGGACGGCUGGAAGGUGUACGACCCGGUGGCAGAGUACAAGCGUCAGGGUCUCCCCAACGAGAGCUGGACCUUCAGUAAGAUGAACGGCGCCUACGAGCUGUGCGACACCUACCCCUCCCUGCUGGUCAUCCCCACCAACGUCACAGAGGACGACAUCCGGCGCGUGGCGGCGUUCAGGGCCAAGCACCGCAUCCCGGUCUUGUCCUGGAUCCACCCGGAGACCCAGGCCACCGUGGUGCGCUGCAGCCAGCCCUUAGUGGGGCCGUCGGACCGGCGCUGCAAGGAGGACGAGCGUCUCCUCCAGAUCAUCAUGGACGCCAACGCUCAGUCCCACAAACUCACCGUGUUUGACGCCCGACAGAGCGGCGUGGCCGUCACCACCAAGGCCAAGGACGGAGGGUAUGAGAACGAAAGCUUCUACCCCAACGUGGAGCUGAACUUCCUGGAAAUCCCCAACAUUCACGUGAUGAGGGAGUCCCUGAGGAAGCUGAAGGACGUGGUGUACCCCACGAUAGAUGAGGCUCACUGGCACUCCGCCAUCGACCAGACCCACUGGCUGGAGUACACCCGGCUGUUGUUGGCCGGAGCAGCGAAGGUCGCCUACAAGCUGGAGUCGGGGAAGACGUCGGUGGUGGUCCACUGCAGCGACGGCUGGGACAGGACCGCCCAGCUCACCUCUCUGGCCAUGCUGAUGCUGGACGGAUACUACCGCACGCUCACCGGCUUCCAGGUUCUGGUGGAGAAGGAGUGGAUCAGCUUUGGACACAAGUUUUCAGCCCGAGUGGGUCACGGAGACGAGAACCACGCCAACUCGGAGCGCUCGCCGCUCUUCGUCCAGUUCCUCGACUGCGUUUGGCAGAUGACUCGGCAGUUCCCAGCAGCCUUUGAGUUCAACGAGCUGUUCCUCAUCACGGUGCUGGACCACCUGCACAGCUGCCUGUUCGGGACGUUCCUCAGCAACAGCGAGCAGGAGAGGACGGCCAAGGAGAUUCCGGCCAAGACGGUGUCUCUGUGGUCUUACAUCAACAGUCAGCCGGAGGACUUCACCAACCCCUUCUACGUGGACUACCAGAACCACGUUCUGUACCCGCUGGUUUCCUCCAGACACCUGCAGCUUUGGACCAGCUACUACGCCCGCUGGAACCCUCGCAUGAGGCCUCAGGUUCCGGUCCACCAGACUCUGAAGGAGCUGCUGAUCCUGAGGGCGGAGCUGCAGAGGAGGGUGGAGGACCUGCAGAGAGAGGUCUCCUCCCGCUCCCCGUCCUUCUCCUCCGAACACUCGCCGUCCCCCACCCACAGCACGCCGCUGCACACCCCCGUCUGACCCGCCCCGGAGAAACCCGGAGGACCUUCUGCCCCUCCUCCUCCGGAUCCUCCGGAUCCUCCACCAGUCCCACCCGUCUUUGGACUUCAGCCAUCUCAGUCACUAACUGAGAACUGUAUUUCUGUAUCAGGAGUGAACGUUUGGUCCAGAGACGAGUCGAGAGGGCCACCAGAACCACUUCAACCCUCCAGUGGUCCAUGGACAUUAAUAUUUGGCCACGAAUCCAGUUUUCUGAUAUUUAUUUGUACUUAAUUUCUACGCCGGGGAAAUACACGAAGCAAAGCUUGAAGGCAUACAAAUGUCUUGACACUUGGUCCGACUUCAAGGCAGGAUUUGUUGUAGAAAUUAAAAUGAUGAGGACACUGAACUUUAUGAUUUGACCGUUUAACGUUAACUACCCAAAAAUCCAACAUUACCUGAUACAAAAUGGGAACCGCAAAUCCACGUUUCGGUGCCUGGAAUCCAGUUGUUUCUGUGAAUUGCAGCGAUCUAUUUGUCUCUCUUAAGCUUAUUUUUCAUCAGUCUGUAAAACGAUAACUCCGAUUUCUUGCUACAUCUAUGAGUACAGUCGAUCGUACAACAGCUCUGUACCUACUCGCUGUGAAGUCGCGUCUGUGACGUCAUGCGCGUUCCCUCUGUUACACACUGCCAGUCACGUUGCCGUGGUGACAACGCUGUUUCCUUUGAAACUGGUCCAUGUCUAAGGGAGGCCGGGCUCUGCAUGGGCGGGGUUUGCCAGACCCCGACCCUACAUACAGUAUUUUGUAGUUUAAGUCAGGGGUCUUCAACUGGGGGUCCAGGGGGUCCUCCAACUUCAAAAGAAAUUAAAGCUGCAAACAGGGAUGACCGGGCCCUCGCACCCUUGUGCACGUUCAGGCUGCAGUGGAAGCUUGUAUGACUUGCAUGUAGAUUCUUCAGGCCUGGACAUUCUUUCUCUAUGUCAAACCAUUCAAGUUAUGGCAGAAAGUAGGAACUAUCACAUAUCGACCAAUCAGAUGAAGGGUGGGUGUGCUUUUUGGCGUCAAUCGUCGUCACGGUAACGCUUUUGAAUGAGAAAAGUAAUGCGUGUUGUCGCAGGAUGUAGACGCACAUUUUGAUGUAUAACACACCUGGGUGCACGUUACGGUUCGGGCCGUAUUAACUGCCGAAGGAAUGGCAUAAGUUUCGCCAAAAUUACACGAUUAAUUUAAAAUGGCCCACUUCCUGUUCGGUUUUGGCCAUGGCGCCAAGAGACUUUUCUUUAAGUUGCGACAUGAUACAGGUGUGUACCGAUUUUCGUGCAUGUACGUCAAACCGUAUUGUGGGGCUUGAGGAAAACAUUUUCUAGGGGGCGCUGUUGAGCCAUUUUGCCACGGCCAUUAAUGCAAACCAUUAAAUAUCCAAUUUUUCGCCAGGCCUGGCUUGCGUGCAAAAUUUGGUGACUUUUGGGGCACGUUUAGGGGGGAAAAAAGGCUCUCAGAGGAUAGAAGAUACAAUAGGGCCUUCGCACUGUAAGUGCUCGGGCCCUAAUAAAGGCAAUUUUAACCAAAAUAAUUUAUAUAUAUAUAUAUAUAUAUAUAUAUAUAUAUGAUUGAGAAAACUCCAUUAACAGGCCAUAAUCUACUUUUGACAAUAACUAUUUAGUCAACUAAACAACUCUACAUAAAUGAUUCCCAUGACGUUAGUCAUGUGACUAAUGUUAACUUUAGAGUGGAAAAACGAGCUAGCUAGCUGUUUAAGAAAAAAAAAUUAAUUACUAAAUUGACUUGGCUAUUUCCUAUUAACGCUAGUUAGACCUGAAGGAUACAUUUGUGACAAUAAUGAAGCCUAAAGCUGGAGAUUGUAACGUUACAGCUCGGCCUAACGUUACUCCUUCCACGUCUGACGAGGCCAAAGUUUCAUCAACCGUAAACACAUGUAGCUAAUAACCCAGUCAGGAAUUGGUUAAUAAGGUGAUAUAAGCAGAAUAAAACACAUUCAAAAGUUAUAAGCCAGGCUUAAAACUUGACAUGUUAAAAAAAAAAAGGGGAAAAAAUAAGAAUUCCAAGCGGGGGUCCCUGCUCUGUUUUUCUCUCAUCCAAGGGGCCGCUGGGCUAAAAAAGGUUGAAGACCCCUGGUUUAAGUUGUUUACGGACCUUUUGAAAGUCAAGAAAAGCUGAAUCUGGGACCUGUGACCCGCCCUGAACGUGUGAUGUGACCUUUCCGUUUCACUUCCCGUGUGAUCAUCUGACGUUAAAACCAAAACCUGUACCGAGCCUUUUCACUUCUGACAUUCCAUGAAAGAAAGAGUCAAUAAAAAGAUAC